CAGAAACUGUGCCUCGAGAGGAAUCCACUCUGCGUUAACACUCGAUCGAUUAAAAUGUAGAUCAAGUAAAGCACGCCCACCGACUGAUUACUGGAAAUCUUUCAACAUUGCGCCAUCUCCCAGUUGAGGCCAUAUUUGAUUCGGACGGCAAACAGAUGGACUUUAUCCCGAACAUUCGCGUCAUCCGAAGUCAACGGAAGACCGUAAAGCUUAUGUUUAAAAAGUAUGCCUACUCGAAGACCAACGAGCACGAUGCCACAACUUACUGGCACUGUCGAAGCCGUCGCAAUGGAAGGCCUGCGUGCAAGGCUCGGUUUUCGGCCAAGAAGCUCAAGAACGAAAGCAGCGUGGCGAUCUACUCGGCAACAUCCCGGGGACGAAUGCAACUGAUCUACGGCGGACAGCCAUUCAUCUUCGAGAAGACCCUGAAACUGUCUUCGGGUGAGGAGAAGCGCUUCUGGCGCUGCAAUCAAUGGUGGAACCAAAAGUGUCGCUCCCGCGUCUUCACCAUCAACGACGUUGUCUGUCCGCUUAACCGAUUCCACACGCACGAGGAGAUCGUUCGGCGAAAGAAGCGAGUGCGCCGCGUGCCGCCGGUGGAGACGAUUGCCAAGGUGGUUGCCACAACACCCAGGCAUCCGCAGCAUCAACAGAUAACCCAGCAGCAACAAGAAAUUCAGCUGACCAGCGAUGCAAUUGCUGGAGCAAUACUGGAUGACGAAUCCCCAGCUACAAUCGAUGUCAGCGAGCUGGGGAUGCACCUGAAAUACGAAGAAAUCGUAGCGGAUGUCACGGGCGCCACGCGAGUGGUCAGCCGUCGGAAGUGAAGAUUGCUUUUUAUUUUCUGACGAAAGAUCGCAGAUUCAGAUUCCUUCUUUAUCAAAACUCAUGCUUUGAGUUUUCAUUUUUGAACUUGCCACGUCGAAAACCAAAAGCCGAACAGUUUUGAUCAAUUUAAAAAGGCUAAACACAACCACUAACCAAUAAAUAACAUUUUUAUUAUUAUUUAAGAACAUAUUUUUAAAGCUCUUUUUAUUAAGCGUAACGAAACAUAUUCCAAGGUUUCCUUCCCCAUUUGUAUAAUUUUAUAAAUGCGUCAUGAUUUCCUUUGAUAUUUUGGAGUUGUUUAGAAUAAAAUCUGUUCCUUCUGUUAUACCUUUGUUCAAACAAAAUUAACUUAGCUUACUCCCAUAAUUAUUAAUACAAAACUGCGAUUUAGAAGGCGGACAAGCUAGCAAUUAUGUUUCAGCUUAUAAACAAUUUAUUAUGUGUACAUUUAAUAAACGUAAGCCCCAAACAGUGCAA